AUGUACACAGACCUAGCUCUAUAUCCACCACAUGACUGUGCUGAUAUACCACUCCGCUGUGGAUCCGGGGUGUACAGAAUUCAUCCAACGACAUCUGCAAAGUUCGAUGUCUAUUGUGAAAUGGAAACAGAAGAUAGUGGUUGGACAGUAAUCCAAAGAAGAUUAGACGGCAGUACAAACUUUUACAAAGGAUGGGCCGCUUAUGAACACGGUUUUGGGAAUCUUACACAUGAGUUUUGGCUGGGAGACAGCCUCACAUACCAUAACGGAUAUAUGUUUUCUACGUAUGACAGAGAUAAUGACAUACAUCUUCAAAAUUGUGCAGUUAUUUAUGAAGGAGCUUGGUGGUACCAAAGAUGUCACAGUUCUAAUCUAAAUGGAGUUUACUUAUCUGGGAUAAAGUCUUCUCGUGCUGAUGGGGUCAUAUGGUAUGAGUGGAAAGGACAUUAUUAUUCUCUAAAAUCAACAAGACUAAUGAUAAAGAAAAUGUGAUCACCUGACGUUAUCACAUGGUUAUGAAAAACACAUUUUUGAUAGGUACAUUCAUAGACCUGUCUCAGAACUGUACAGUUCUUUCUUCCUUGAUAAUUUACAGUAGGUCUUUGUUCUUUGUCAUCUUUGUGAUACUAAUGGUGGCGUACAUUUGACAGGUAAUGCUGUUAGAAGCAUUCAUAGUGUAUGAUAACCGUUGUCAAGAAAUAUCGA